UCGAAGAAACCAAUAAAAAUGCCCAACAAUUUUUAUCAAAAAACAGAUUGACAAAAUCUAGUAGAUUUUCUAAAUGGAUUCCUACAGAUCAACAGGAAAUAAAAAAAAAUUUUCGGGUUAAUGAUUUGGAUGGGGUUAGUUCAAAUGCCCGCUUUGGAAGACUAUUGGAAUUUUUACAUUUUUCGGACAAUGAAAAAGCUCCAAAUGACGACAGGAUUUAUAAAGUGCGCGAUUUAAUUAAUAAGUUAAUUGAAAAUUUUCAAAAAAUAUUUGAACCUGAAGAGUAUUUAGCUGUUGAUGAGACAAUGGUCCCUUUUAGAGGGAGGUUAAUUUUUAGGCAGUAUAUACCAGGAAAAGCGCACAAAUAUGGUGUAAAGUUGUUCAAGUUAUGCGGAACAGAUGGCUAUACGUAUAAUGUGCAAGUAUAUGCUGGCAAAAGUCAAGUUGAUGGAAAAGGUCUAGGAUGCAGAGUAGUGUUGGACUUAAGUCAGAGAUAUUUGAAUGCUGGGCGGACAAUAAUCACUGAUAAUUUUUAUACCUCAGUGCCAUUAGCAUAUGAACUUUUAAAAAACAACACACACUUGGUAGGAACAUUACGAUCGAACAGAGUUAAAUUACCAGAAGUAACCAAGGCYAAAUYAAAACCAAAUGAAAUAGUUGGAAGGGAAAAUAUUGAUGGGAUCGUCAUAGCUAAAUGGAGGGACAAGAGGGACGUCACAAUGUUAACCACACGACAUAACAUCAAUAUGUUUCGAGAAGCGUUAGUAGAUGAAAUAUUAGGACUCAAAAAAUCAAAUGAAAAUGAACAGCUAACAUCUACAUCAACACAAAGGACACAAAGACGAACUACGAAACAUAUCUUUCAAGAAACUACCGAAAAAUGCAAAAGGAACAGGAAAAUUCGAAAAAGGUGCGCUCAUUGUUACGAAAAACAAAAAUGUCUCGAGGGAUCUGUGAAGGCAAGAGAA